UCACUUGUGAAGUAAUAUGCUGAAAAUUGCUUGCUUUUGUGCUGAUGCAUUGGUAUAUAUUUUAAAGCUUGGCCUUUUCAAUUUUGUGUUUGGCCUAGAUGGGCUCAUUAGAUGUGUCACCAAUUUGGACCUGGUUUCAAACUACUCAAAUGUAGCUGUGUCUACAAACGUUACCAUUCAGAUCCUUUGGGCACAAGAGUGAUUUUGCUCCCUGAAAGGAGAACUUUAAUGCGUUGUCAAAAUGGGAAAACAUCUAUUCUAUAUGAAAUUUUUUAUUUUGAGUAAAUACACCUAACAAAGAAUAAAAAAUAAAUGUUCAUUCAAGGUGCCAUGGCUAAAUGACUUUUAAGAAUCAGCAUCUGAUAAAUAUUUAUCCAUGUUUUAUUCAACAAUGAAGUAGGUCUUAUGAGGAAAUCUAAGCUCAUGAAUGAUCUAUAUUUGACUGAAUAAAAUGGGCUUGUAUUUUAGGGUAGCUUGUGUAAGGUUCAUUGGUCCAUCCUAACAUGUAAAUUAAUAAUAAUGAACAAUGAUGCUUUUAUAUGAUUACCUAAUUUGUUUGGUAAAUUGAACCUCCCUACUCAAACUGAGAAAUUGAAUAUGAAUAUGGAUAUAUUUUGAACUUUCAAGAUUAGGUGGUACUCUUCUGCUAUGUUAUAAAUAAUGAAGAUGUAUAUUUUGUAUUGACAAUCAUAUGAAUCAUAAUUUGGACUGCCUCUGAAAUUUCAGAAAUUCUAUCUCAGGUUUUGUUAAUGAAUAACGGAUAUGCUUCUUGGGGCCUUGUAACUUGAGAAUCCAAUCCAUUUGGAAGAAAGAACACAACAUGUCUCAUACACCAGAGCUGUACAUCAGGUUUUGGGCUGUCCUCACCAUUUUAUUGCUGGAUGGGAUUAUCAUUUGGAAGCUAAUUCAAACAAGUUGUACAUUUCCAGGUGUCAGCAUGUAGAUUUGUUUUUAUAUUGGUUGUUUAGCUAAUCAAAUGACAUGUCACCUGCACUGCUUUGCAGAAUAGGAGUGAUAUGAUGAAAUCCUACUUGAGCUUUUCAGUGGCACUGCAACAGCUUUAGAAAUGAGCUCCAAUGCCAGUGUUCCUCAUGAAAGCUGAUAAUGGAAGAGGAGGAGUUUCGGAGCAGCAACCUGUCAUGUGUAACCCAUCUACAAGUGACAUUGACGACCCUCCUGAUGCUCUAGGGUUACCAUAGUAUGUUAAAGCCCAUGGAUCUUUAGCUUUAGAAUUUGUCAAGUUCUCAUCUUUGUUCGCUGGAAUGCUGCGUUGGUGAAGUCGAUAUUUCUGAAAUCAUAGAUAGGUUUGAGCUUCAUUUUCAUACUUCAAAAUGGUAAGAAGUUAACAGAAUACAAUGCAGAAAAUUAG